AUGAAAGGAUUACUUUCAUACAAUGAAAACGAUUCAAAGGCUCUAAUCACCGCUGGAUGGAACCCCUUAAAUCGAGGACAACCAACAUCCAAAGAUACUACAUUUAACGCAAGCAUUCCGUUAAAAUUUUUAAUGGGUUUCGCCGAAGACUAUCAAAAGAUCUUGAUAAACGUCAGCCAAGAACUUAUUUUAGUGCGCAACAGAACGAAUGAUAACUGCAACAUAAAUGUUGAUGGUGGUAGAAAAGCCCCUAUAGAAAUUGAUAAGAUUGAAUGGCACGUGCCACACGUAACUGUUAACGAUGAAACGCGACUUCAGCUACUGUCCAGUUUACGUGAUAACAAACCGGUUUAUAUUCCGUUAAGAAAAUGGGUACUGUAUGAAUUACCGGCUUUACGUAAAACCAAAACCGAUAUAUGGCCUGUAAAAGCUAGUACAAACUUAGAAAAACCACGCUACGUCAUAAUCGGUUUCCAAAAUAAUAGAAAAGAUAAUUUUAAACAAGAUGACUCAAUUUGUGAUCAUUCUUCGAUUACAAAUAUUAAGUUAUAUUUGAACGCGGAAAAUUAUCCGUAUAAUGCGAUGAACAUUGAAAUGAACGAGAAGCGAUACGUAAUCGCUUAUCGUAAUUAUUCCGCUUUUCAGACCAGCUUUUAUUUUAAAAACGCAACAGAACCGCUCCUCGACUACGACGAAUUUGGAGGUAAUACGCUUUUCGUCAUAGAUUGUUCGAAUCAAAAUGAAUCACUUAAAUCGGGUACCAUUGACAUUAAAUUAGAACUCGAGUGUACAAGGUCAUUUGAUCCAGAAACUAUUGUAGUAGCCUAUAGUCUCAUUCUUCCCGAUAACAUCAUUCAGUACGAACCGUUGAGUGGCAUCGUCCGGAAGAUUGUAUAA